AUGGCGGCCGCCCUCCGCUAUCUCACGAGUGCCCUAGCCCCUGGAGGGUCUCUGCUCUCUUCUAAUAGUCGUCGGCAGUUGCCUCCUCUCCUGUUGACCCACAGCUCACAGUUGCGGAGCUCGUGUACUCGUUGGUUUUCCUCUGCCAACGCUGCACGAUCAGCGACGGCGGCGUCUCCAGCCAGUCGAACUCCUGAUGCUGCAGCGGCUCCGGCGCAGCAGGCGCCUCCGUCCGCGGCGGCCGGCGCAGCGCCCUCUCAGUCUAAGAGCCAUGGUAUUUCGACGGGACGUCACUCCGCAGACGUGUACGACGUUUUCAUUGUCGGCGGUGGAGUUACCGGAACGGCGCUGCUCUAUGAGCUUUGCAAGUUCACAGAUUUGAAAAAGAUUGGUCUGGUCGAGAGGCGCCCUUCGUUUGCGGUCGUCGCCUCGUGCCCGCGCAACAACUCUCAGACGAUUCACUGCGGAGAUAUUGAGACGAACUACACAAUUGAGAAGGCAAGGACUGUGAAACGUCAAGCGGACAUGCUCCGAAAUUACGCAACCAAGUUGCCUCCGGCGGAGAGAGACGCGGUGGUGCAAAGGAUGCAGAAAAUGGCGCUCGCCAUUGGUGACACGGAAUGCGAGUUCAUGGAGAAGCGGUUCAAUGUCUUCAAGAACGUCUUCACCAACAUGCAGUUCAUCGACAAGAAGAAGAUUGCUGAGGUGGAGCCUCGAGUCGGCAUGAAAAACGCCCAUUCGUUGCGACCAGAUUCUGCAGCUGCCAUUUUUAUUCCGAACGAAUAUUCGGCCGUCAACUACUUCCACUUGGCUGCCUCCUUCGUGGAUCAGGCGAAACAGUGCGCAACAGGGAAGCAAGUCGAUAUUCACACAUCAACAGAGCUGCUUGAGCUCAAGCAUGAUGGCGACACCUUCCACAUCAAAACAACCCGAGGCACCGAAAGAGCGCGGUUCGUUGUUGUCAGUGCCUGCGGGCAGUCCCUCCUGCUGGCGCAGCGUAUGGGCUACGGACUGAACUUCAGUUGUCUGCCUAUGGCUGGCAGCUUUUACUUUGCACCGGAGAUGCUCAACGGCAAAGUCUACACGUGCCAGGACCCUCGACUCCCGUUCGCGGCUGUGCAUGGUGACCCAGAUCUCGUGGCGGUGGGCAAGACGCGAUUCGGACCUACAGCGCUCCCGUUGCCCAUGCUCGAAAGAUACAACGCGAGCACCAUCAGCGACUUCUUGCAAGUUAUAAACCCCGACUUUGAUCUUGCUAAGGUGUACCUGGAUCUCCUCGGCACGUCUCACAUGCGCAACUACGUCAUGAGAAACUUCCUCUUCGAGGUUCCGAAGUUAAACACCGUCCUUUUCGCCAACGACGUCCGCAAAAUCGUUCCGUCAAUCAAGGCGGAAGACCUUACUUACGCAAAAGGCUACGGUGGCGUUCGACCGCAGCUUAUUGACAAACAUCAGAAGAAGCUGUUGCUCGGAGAAGGCAAAAUCAACCCAGGCACGGGCAUCAUUUUCAACAUUACGCCGUCCCCUGGAGGAACCACCUGCCUUGGAAAUGCCGAGCUGGACAUGCGCACCAUCUGCAAGAGACUGGGCGCGACCGUGGACGAGAAACUCUUCAGGCAGACACUUCUGGAAGGCGAAUACCCCGUUACGUACUAA